AUGGCCUUACUUCCAAUUGGAAUGCUUUCCGAAGAUGCUCAAGAUUCUAGAAAUAAGGACAUAAAAAAUACUGAGAAGGACUUUCUAGGAAAUGUUCAAGAAUUUGAACCAAUAAGUGAUAGAAUCUGCUAUAUAGAAUUUAAAUGCAAAUGGUUUAACAUAGUAAUUGUAAAUUGUUAUGCGCCAACAGAAGAUAAAAGCGAAGAAGUAAAGAAUGCUUUUUACGAUGAGCUAGACAGAGUUUGUGAUGGGCUAUCUUCGGGGAAGCCAAAAAUUAUCAUUGGUGACUUCAAUGCGAAAGUCGGAAGAGAAAGGAUAUACAGACCAACUAUUGGAAUAAACAGUUUGCAUAGUGAGUCCAAUGAAAAUGGAAACAAAUUGAUCUCAUUUGCAGUAGCAAGAAACAUGGUCAUAAGCAGUACAAUGUUUCCGCACAAGAACAUCCAUAAACAGACCUGGAUAUCACCCUGUGGAAGGAUAAAAAACCAAAUAGAUCACAUAGUUGUUGAUAGGAGAAUAAGAUCAAGCGUUGAAGAUAUAAGAAAUAUGAAGGGUUGUAGUGCGAUAUCGGAUCACUUCCUGGUAAAGGCAAGGUACAAACUAAAAAUUUCAGUGAAUUGGCAGAAGAAACAGAGCAUCAAAAAAAUUAAUAGAGAGCUACUAAAUGGAAACCAAGCAAAGGAAUAUCAGGGAAAAUUGAACAAAUACCUUUCAAGCGCUGAACAUGAAGCAAAUAUAGAAGAAUUAUGGGGAAGAAUAGAAAAAGCGGUUAAAAGAACCUCAGAAGAAGUUUUGGGUUACGAACCACAGAGAAGGAACAAGCACUGGUUCAAUGAAAUGUGUAGAAAGACCACGGAAGAAAGGGAUAAAGCGAGAUUAAAAGUGCUACAGGACCCAAAAGAAGAAAAUAAAAGAGAAUUAGCCAUGAAACAGAGAGAGGUAAAGAAGACAAUUAGGAUGAACAAGAGAGCAUGGGAAAAAGAAAGAGUACAACUUAUAGAAAGUAGUAGAAAGAAUAAUGCUCGAGUCUUCUUUGGGAAAGCGAAUGAAGUUAAACAUGGGUUUAAACGUAAAACAUCAAUGGUUAGAGGAGAAAAUGGAACGUUAUUGACCGAUAACGGAAAAAUAGCAGAUGAGUUCAAAAAAAUGUUUAACACACUUUUUAACCAACCUAGUGAAAGGGCAAUUAUAGAAGAACGUGCAACAGUAGAACAAAACAUAGAACCACCAUCAAGAGCAGAGGUAGAAGCUGGUAUUGAAAUGCUCAAAAGCGGUAAGGCAGCGGGAGAAGAUGAGAUAAUUUCUGAAUGCCUUAAAAAGGGAAGACAACUACUAAUAAACCAGCUACAUAACUUAAUUACUAAAGUUUGGGAACAUGAAGAAAUACCAAGACCGUGGCGUACAUCUGUUUUAUAUCCUAUUCUUAAAAAGGGAGACCCCAUGAAUUGCAAAAAUUAUAGGGGAAUCUUCCUUUUGAACACAUCAUAUAAGAUGCUGUCUAAUAUUCUACUUACUAGAAUCAAACCCUAUUUACGAGAAAUUAUUGGAGAUUACCAGGGAGGGUUUAUGACAGGGAAGUCAACCCAAGAUCAAAUACAUGUUAUUAAGCAAAUGAUCAAAAAAAGCCAUGAAUUUGACAAAGAUAUACACCUCCUUUUUAUUGAUUUUAAGGCCGCAUAUGAUAUGGUGAAUAGAGAGAAACUAUGA